ACGUGGACAGGUGUGUUUACUGUUCCUGUUCAGGGUCGGUUAUAAUCAAAAACAGAACUCAAACUGCAAACAUUUCCCGUUGUGAAAGCUUAAUAACGAAACAAAGCCUGUUGCAACGCAGAGAAAGAGAAGCAAAGACGAAUCCUGAUGCAACAGCAGUUGACACUAGACAGGUCGGGACAUUUCCACCUUGUGAAAGCAGUGGUGGAAAGUACAUUUACUCAAGUACAAGUCAUUUGACUACUUCUACAUACUUCUACUACUCCACAUUUCAGAGGGGAAUAUUGCAGUUUUUACUUCUAUACAUUUUUGACUGACAGCUGGAGUUACUUUACAGAUUAAGAGUUUACAAACUAAACAAAUGAUCAACUCGAUACCACUCGUUCAUGUACGAAACCUUUUAGUAUCUGCCGCUACUGUGGCGUUUAUUUCCCCGUGUGUCCCCUGGGAAUUAUUAUUUUUAUCUGUGACUGAUGUGAAUGUGUUUGUGUCGUCAGCGCCGCGGUGGCUGUACAGCGAGAAGUCACCAGAGACCAGGCAGAGCACGUUGGCGGAGUACUUCCAAUCCCUCAUCAACCUGCCGCCUCACAUCUCCCGCUGCCAUCAGCUCACCAACUUCCUCGAGGUUCGACCCGAGGAUGAGAACCCACCCACCCAAAACACACCGAAAAGAAACGAGACGUUUGUGGUCUCCAGGGAGUUGGCGAGAGGCAACGCAUCAGAGAUUUCUGGCCCCAUCAUAUUGGACACCUACAGUGUGAUCGCAGACUUCGCCAAGACGUCCAAACAUGAGAUUGACCUGCACACCGGAGACCUGGUGGAAAUUGUGGAGAAAAAUCAGAACGGUUGGUGGUUCUGCCAGUUUGAGGCUAAACGAGGCUGGGUUCCUGCGUCCUACUUGGAGCCCCUGGACGGACCGGAGGAGGUCGAGGACGCUGAGCCGGACUACCAGGGAGAGCUGCACGUCACCAUCAAAGCCUACAAGGCGGAGCAGGAUGACGAGAUCUCUCUGGAGCUCGGGGAAACCGUCGCAGUCAUUCACAAACUGCUGGACGGCUGGUGGGUCGUCAGGAAAGAAGACGAGACGGGUCAUUUCCCCUCCAUGUUCCUGCACAAGACCGGCAAGAAAGAGAGAUAUGAAGCAGAGAGGGUGAACCUGCAGGGAAAGAAACCGCCACCUCGCAGAUCCACCAUCCGAAAUGCCAAGAGCAUCCACAACAAGGCUCGCCAGCAGCUCAGCCAGGACGCCUACCGCAGGAACAGCCGCCGGUACCUCCAGCAGAAAGGCGGCAGCCGCCUCACAGAGCCGAACAAGAACUCCAAGAACGCUGCAAAGUCACCGCUGAGAGAGAGGAGGAGCCAGGAAAACAUUCCCAAGGUGUCUAGCUCCAGUUCGGAGAGCGAGCUGAAGAAGGAGACUCCGGUCAUCCCUCCCCGGCCCAGUCCGGAGGUCAUCCUGGAGCGCUGCAGCGACAACACCCGCAAGAAAGUCAGCAUCCACGGGUCACACACCAGCUCCACCAGCUCCACCAGCUAGCACCGUGUGUUGUGAAAGUUGCAAUGAAAAAGCCCUUUAAGAAGUUCUUCCUUAAUUUGUUGCAGUUCAAACGCAAGCGUAAACCAUUUACAUUUUAUUUGUACUUACUUUUUAAUGGAGGGAGGGGGGGGGGGGGGGUGUAAUGUUAAUAAAUGUAUAAUGUACAUUUCCCUCGGGAUGAA